AUGAAAGAUUCCGAAUGGAAUAAUCUUUACUGGAAGAUUACUAACGAUCUUAUUGAAGAAAAAUUAUUUUCUUUUGAUAAAACACUAUAUGGAGAUGUUGAUUUUGAAGGAAACGAAGAAGAAAUGGAUAAAUUAAUUGAAGAAGAAGGGGUAUAUCAUUGUAUUCAUUAUAUUAUGAAGAACAGAGACUAUACAGUUGCGGAAUUAUUAUCCUAUAAUAAGGUGAGAGAUCUACGGAAAUUUGGAAAUUUUUUGUUAGAUUCGUGA